AUGCCGCCGCGAAUACCCAUCGCGACGUGCCUCCGGGCAUCAAAGGGUAAUGCUCUCUUUUGCAUUGCCAAAAGCUCCACUGAUUUUCAUGUAGCACCCGUCAGUGCGACACAAUUCAGGCUUCCUCUCCGCCCCUUCUCCGCAACCGCCGCGCCGAACAAGAAGCAUCAGAGCCAUGAUCCAUACAUUGUCGCGCAAAAGAACAGAAAGAAAGCUGCCAACCUUUCACGCCGUGCAGAUCUAGACGCUGCCCGGGUAGCAUCACUAGGUGAUCCGGUCCGCGGAAAUAGCACGCCUUUUGUCGAGUCCUUCGCCUCAGCCUUGCCCCUCCAAACGGAGGACGGAACGAACAUGCCUCAAGGCAAGAGGCAUCUCAACUAUGCGUUUGAUCCGGAGUCUGUGGAAGCCCAGUUGGAGAGCAGCAGGAAGAUUGCGGUGCCAUUGGACGAGAUGAGACCUCAGGCGACAACAAGUCCUGCAGGCCCGCUUGGAAUCAUUUAUGGCAGACAGUCCCCGGAAGCAGUGCCUGUGCUAUCUAAGGAACAAAUUGAAACCCAGCGCAUCAACGAUCACGAACGUGCUACCGAGGCCAUCAAGCGUAUCACUGCCCUCGAGAACUCCAGCUCAAAGGACAGGAUGCGUGUCAAUAUUGCGCGAUGCGUCAGCACCUUUGGCCGUCAUAACACCGAUGUGAUCCUCCCGCCCCGCGCGCCGCCGCUACACGCUGUCAACGACAAGGGACCGCACCCUGUCCGCCCGGACACGAACGAAAAGGAAAUGGCGAAGCGUAUCGGUGCUGAUACCGGGUCGUCCGAGGUUCAGAUCGCUAUCUUAACGGCGAAGAUCAAGACCUUGGCAGACUUCCUCCAGACAAGAGGCAAGGGCGACAAGCACAACAAGAGGAAUCUGAGGUUGUUGGUGCACAGGCGACAGAAGCUGUUGCAGUAUUUGAGGAGAAAAGAGCGGGGAGGACCAAGGUGGCAACACUGCAUUGAGACAUUAGGAUUGACUGAGGGCACCUGGAGGGGCGAGAUCAGUCUGUAA